GCCACACCGUCACACAUCUGCGAUAAUGGUGGCGUUGAGGAUAGGCGGAAUUCUGUUUUGGGGCAGUUUUCUGCUCUUUUCGGCCGGGCUUCGGCCCGCUGCGGCCGGGGGCAACACCCUAGUCCUGCUGGACAACCUGGUCAUCAAGGAGACACAUUCCAUUUUCUUCAAAUCGCUCGCAGAUCGAGGGUAUAAAUUGGUCUACAAAUUGGCAGAUGACGCUAGCAUAAAUAUUAAAAAAUACGGCGAGUACCUUUACGAGCACAUCAUCAUCUUCGCACCGUCCGUCGAGGAAUUCGGAGGCAACUUGAGCGUCGAAGCUUUGACAGAGUACAUUGAUGACGGAGGAAACCUUUUGGUGGCUGGAAGCUCCUCGUCUAGUGACGUUCUCAGGGAGUUGGCCUCAGAGUGCGGAUUCGAAGUUGACGAGGAGGGAGCAUCUGUCAUUGAUCAUCUUAACUAUGAUUUCAAUGACAAAGGAAAACACACUUUGAUCGUGGCUGAAGCAACUAGUUUGAUCAACUCACCUGUUAUCGUGGGUUCAAAGAAUGUCCCUCCGUUGCUGUUCGAGGGCACCGGCUUGGUUGCUGACAAAGAAAAUCCACUUGUCCUGCAAGUUUUAACUGGAAGUAGUUCUGCUUAUUCUUACAACCCGGAUCAAGCCAUCAAGGAAUACCCCCAUGCGGUUGGAAAGAAUACUCUUCUGAUUGCUGCCCUGCAAGCAAGGAACAAUGCUCGAGUUGUUUUCUCAGGCUCCAUCUAUUUCUUCUCUGAUGAGGCAUUCAACGCUCCAGUCCAGAAAGCAGGAGGUGGUCAGUUGCACAAAAGGUCUGGAAAUCAAGAAGUGGCCACCUCUCUCAGCAAGUGGGUGUUCAAGGAAACUGGCGUGAUUAGAGUGAAGAGCGUGACGCACCACAAAGUCGGAGAGAAGAACCCACCAGCGGCUUACACCAUCAUGGAGGAGAUGCUCUACACAAUUUCCAUUGAGAAGCUGCAGGGUGGAAACUGGGUGGCCUUUGAUGCGGAUGACGUCCAGCUUGAGUUUGUCCGUAUCGACCCUUUCAUCAGACAGACCCUGGUGAAAAAGGCUGGUGGCAAAUACGAGGGCCGUUUCAAGAUUCCAGAUGUCUACGGAGUGUUCCAGCUCAAGGUUGAUUACAAUCGAAUCGGCUACACACACCUCUUCAGCACCACACAGGUUUCUGUCAGGCCAUUGGAACACACUCAGUACGAAAGAUUCAUUCCGAGCGCCUACCCAUACUACUUCAGCUCAUUCAGCAUGAUGGUCGGAGUUUUUAUUUUCAGCAUCGUGUUCUUGCAUUACAAGGACGACACAAAACCGAAGAAGGAGUGAAAGUAAUAAAUUCAACUUUGUUAUGUUUGAAUAUUGAGGCAAAUUGUGUUGUGUGCUAGGGAAAUGUGCAUUUCGUGUGUAAAAUAAAAUCAUUUUUUAACUUCUACCAAA